GGCGCUUGAUGGUUGACCGUUUGCUCCAGGGUUGGGGUCGCCGCGUGCGCUCGCGUGUGUCCGCUCACAUCCCACCGGAGGGGUGUGGACUGCUGACGUUCGGCCUGGAACCCACCGGGGAGACCGAGUUCCGCUCCGCCAUGCCAGCCGGGAAUCACUCGGACGGCGUCCUCAGCUGUCAGAGACCCGAUGAAGAAGCUGUAGUGGAUCAGGGUGGGACCAGUACUGUUCUCAACAUUCACUAUGAAAAGGAAGAGUUGGAAGGUCAUAGGACUCUCUAUGUGGGGGUUCGGAUGCCUCUGGGCCGGCAGAGCCAUCGGCACCACCGCACUCAUGGACAGAAGCACCGGAGGCGAGGACGAGGCAAAGGGGCCAGCCAGGGAGAAGAGGGCUUGGAGGCGCUGGCUCAUGACACACCUUCUCAGCGUGUUCAGUUCAUUCUUGGCACUGAGGAGGAUGAAGAGCAUGUACCUCAUGAGCUGUUCACAGAGCUGGAUGAGAUUUGUAUGCGAGAGGGAGAAGAUGCUGAGUGGAAGGAGACAGCCAGGUGGCUGAAAUUUGAAGAGGAUGUUGAGGAUGGUGGAGAACGCUGGAGCAAGCCUUAUGUGGCAACUCUUUCACUGCAUAGCCUCUUUGAGCUGAGGAGCUGCCUUAUUAAUGGAACUGUCCUUCUGGAUAUGCGUGCAAAUAGCAUAGAAGAAAUUUCAGACCUGAUACUGGACCAGCAAGAGCUGUUUAGUGACCUUAAUGACAGCAUGAGGGUCAAAGUACGGGAAGCUCUUCUCAAAAAGCAUCAUCAUCAAAAUGAAAAGAAGAGAAACAACCUCAUUCCCAUCGUUCGCUCCUUUGCUGAGGUUGGCAAGAAGCAAUCAGACCCACACUCAAUGGAUAAAAAUGGUCAAACUGUGUCUCCCCAGUCUGUUCCAACUACAAAUCUUGAAGUGAAAAAUGGAGUGAAUUGCGAGCACAGUCCUGUGGACUUAAGCAAGGUGGACCUUCAUUUCAUGAAAAAAAUUCCCACUGGGGCGGAGGCCUCAAACGUCCUGGUCGGAGAGGUGGAUACCUUGGACAGACCCAUCGUUGCCUUUGUGAGGCUCUCUCCAGCUGUGCUGCUCUCAGGACUCACUGAAGUGCCCAUCCCAACAAGAUUUCUGUUUAUCUUAUUGGGUCCAGUAGGUAAAGGCCAGCAGUACCAUGAGAUUGGCAGAUCCAUGGCCACCAUCAUGACAGACGAGAUUUUUCACGAUGUGGCAUAUAAAGCAAAAGAGCGGGAUGAUCUCCUGGCGGGGAUUGAUGAGUUCCUAGACCAGGUGACGGUACUCCCUCCAGGGGAGUGGGACCCCUCCAUUAGAAUCGAGCCACCCAAAAAUGUCCCUUCCCAGGAGAAAAGGAAAAUGCCUGGAGUUCCAAAUGGAAAUGUUUGCCACAUUGAGCCAGAACCGCAUGGGGGUCAUAGUGGUCCCGAGCUGCAGCGUACUGGGCGGCUGUUUGGGGGCUUGGUGCUGGACAUCAAGCGGAAGGCCCCCUGGUACUGGAGUGACUACCGGGAUGCGCUCAGCUUACAGUGUCUGGCCUCCUUUCUGUUCCUGUACUGUGCCUGCAUGUCACCCGUCAUCACCUUUGGGGGAUUGCUUGGAGAAGCUACUGAGGGACACAUAAGUACAAUUGAAUCCUUAUUUGGAGCCUCCAUGACUGGGAUCGCCUAUUCCUUGUUUGCGGGACAGCCUCUCACCAUCCUGGGAAGUACUGGACCGGUGCUUGUGUUUGAAAAGAUUUUGUUCAAAUUCUGCACAGACUACACCCUCUCAUACCUCUCCCUGCGAGCCUGCAUUGGACUGUGGACCGCCUUCCUGUGUGUUGUCCUUGUCGCAACAGAUGCUAGCUCCCUUGUCUGCUACAUUACCCGAUUCACUGAGGAAGCAUUUGCUUCCCUGAUUUGCAUUAUCUUCAUCUACGAAGCAAUAGAAAAGCUGAUUCACCUGGCAGAGACCUACCCUAUACACAUGCACACUCAGCUGGAUCACCUUAGCCUCUAUUAUUGCCGGUGUACUGUUCCAGAGAAUCCAAGCAAUCACACCCUUCAGUACUGGAAAGACCAAAACAUCGUGACAGCACAAGUGCAGUGGGCGAACCUGACCUCCAGUGAAUGCCAGAAGAUGCAUGGAGAGUUCACGGGAUCUGCAUGUGGUCAUCAUGGCCCCUACACUCCCGAUGUGCUCUUUUGGUCCUGCAUUCUUUUCUUCACCACCUUCAUCCUCUCAAGCACCUUAAAGACAUUCAAGACGAGCCGUUAUUUCCCAACCAGAGUUCGCUCCACAGUGAGUGACUUUGCUGUCUUCCUCACUAUCUUCACAAUGGUGAUUGUUGAUUUUUUGAUUGGAGUUCCAUCACCAAAGCUUCAGGUUCCCAGUGUGUUCAAGCCGACAAGGGAUGAUCGAGGAUGGAUUAUUAGUCCCAUUGGCCCCAAUCCCUGGUGGACUGUGAUAGCUGCGAUUAUUCCAGCUCUCCUCUGUACUAUCUUAAUCUUCAUGGACCAACAAAUCACAGCUGUCAUCAUUAACAGGAAGGAACACAAGCUGAAGAAAGGCUGUGGCUACCACCUGGACCUGCUAAUGGUGGGCAUUAUGCUAGGUAUCUGCUCCAUUAUGGGCCUGCCCUGGUUUGUGGCUGCAACUGUCCUGUCCAUCACACAUGUGAACAGCCUCAAGCUGGAAUCGGAGUGUGCUGCCCCUGGAGAGCAGCCCAAGUUCCUGGGCAUCCGAGAGCAGAGAGUGACAGGCCUUAUGAUCUUUGUGCUGAUGGGCUGCUCCGUCUUCAUGACAGCUGUUUUAAAGUUUAUUCCGAUGCCAGUGCUUUAUGGAGUUUUCCUCUAUAUGGGAGUUUCUUCACUUCAGGGAAUUCAGUUCUUUGAUCGCCUGAAGCUUUUUGGGAUGCCAGCAAAGCACCAACCAGACUUUAUCUACCUGCGGCACGUGCCACUACGCAAGGUUCACCUCUUCACACUCAUCCAGCUCACCUGCCUCGUCCUGCUCUGGGCCAUCAAGGCAUCACCAGCUGCUAUUGUUUUCCCGAUGAUGGUCCUGGCCUUGGUCUUUGUUAGAAAAGUCAUGGACCUCUGCUUCUCUAAGCGAGAACUGAGCUGGUUAGAUGACCUCAUGCCUGAAAGCAAAAAGAAGAAGUUGGAUGAUGCCAAAAAGAAGGCCAAGGAGGAAGAGGAGGCUGAGAAAAUGUUAGAAAUAGGGGGUGACAAAUUCCCCCUAGAAAGCAGGAAGUUACUAAGUAGUCCUGGAAAGAACAGCAGUUUCAGAUGUGACCCUUCUGAGAUUAAUAUAUCCGAUGAAAUGCCUAAAACCACGGUCUGGAAAGCUCUCAGUAUGAAUUCUGGAAAUACAAAGGAAAAAAGUCUCUUCAACUAAGAGUCAUUGCUGAGAGGGAAUAUUUGGGCCAUGAGAUGCCUCAGGGAAGUUCUGGUUACAGAGAAAAUGGUGAGUCUCUCCGAGAAGAAGCAAGACCAUGUCUGGCUCCAUCCUUAGUCAUCCCAAAGCCAUGCUGAACCAUUCAGUUACUCUCGAUGUGCAGUGCGGGCCUCCAGCUGUCCCAAUACCAGCAGCCUGCCACCAGAUGUGAACACGAGAGCAGAAGACCACUCCUGUUGGGGGCUUCUCCUCUUCCUUCUUUCUCUUCAGAACUGCCACCAUUAAAGACUCAGCUUCCCAUUUG